GAGAGAGAAAGCGGUCAUCACUUAUACUGGCAACAGCUGGCCACUCACGGGCAUUCUCUGCCCAACACGUUGCCCAUACCAAGUCGCAGAACAAUGGCCCAACUUUCUCUCUCCUCACGCCUCUCUCCUCCUCCUCCUCCUCCACCACUUCCAUUGUCGUCGUCUUCUUCUCUGCGACUUCGGAGGCGAUUCUUGCUUGGCUCCUCGAAACUUUCAUCUUUGUCUUCGGUUUCGAGUAAUCAUUCGAGUCCGGAUGUCGUCGUCACCAGAGAGCGCGGCAAGAACGACAAGCUAAUCAAGGCGUUGGCAAAACACGGGAUUACCUGCUUGGAGCUCCCUCUCAUUGAGCAUACAAAGAUGCCUGAUUUGGACAGGCUUCCUUCUGUUCUAAAUGAUAAUACUUUUGACUGGAUUAUCAUAACCUCUCCUGAAGCUGGUCGGCUUUUUCUUGAUGCUUGGAAGGUUGCUGGAGCCCCGAAGGUUAAGAUAGGUGUAGUUGGAUCUGGUACAGCAAGUAUAUUUGAGGAAGUAGAGCUGUCAUCAAAGAAUUCCAUUGAUGUUACAUUUGCACCAUCUAAAGCCACAGGUAAGGUUUUGGCUUUAGAGCUCCCAAAGCAUGGGAACAAAAAAUGCACGGUCCUGUAUCCUGCUUCAGCUAAAGCUAGCACUGAGAUUGAAGAAGGCCUGUCAAAUCGUGGAUUUGAGGUCACAAGGCUCAAUACAUACACAACGGUUCCUGUUCAUCAUGUAGACCAUCUACUACUAAGGCUGGCAGUUUCUGCUCCUGUUGUUGCUGUAGCAUCACCUUCUGCAGUUCGUGCUUGGGUAAAUCUCAUCUCAGAGUCACACGUCUGGAGCAAUUCUGUUGCAUGUAUUGGUGAAACAACUGCUUUGGCUGCAAAGAGAUUAGGCUUGAGAAAUGUGUAUUAUCCAACAAAUCCUGGUCUGGAAGGAUGGGUAGAUAGCAUUCUUGAAGCUGUAGGGGUCCAUGAUCAAUUGCAGAAGGUCCAAUAGUGGUGCCGCUGGAGUGUUAGUAGCUUUGAAAUUCUUUUGGUGCUGCAGGUUUUGACUAAUGGCUUCAAGUGCGGGAUAAAAUGAGCAAACCUUCAUAGGCCCUUGUGAAUGUUCUCCAAAUAAGGGAGACAAGUCACAAACAGCAGAACAGAAGGGUGUGGAACUGUAAUGCCCUUUUGGGGGAUCAUGUACAUAAACUUUGGUGAGGUAAGCUAGGCUGUUUAUGGAUGAUAUUAUGUAAAGAUGAUUCGACAAUUUGUACAUAAAUUUUAAUGCUUGGACCCACCCACGAUUGUUGAUAUAUAAAAUUAUUAGUAUGUCUGGAUCACUGACC